AUUUUGUGUCUUUUCCUUGUGUUUGAUUUUCUUUGAGUGGGCCCCAGUUGUGGCUAACAAUCUCGAAUCGUGGUUGCCAUGGUGAUCAUAUUUGACAGUUACCUUUGUUGAUUUAUUGACAGAUGCAUUAAUUUUUUUCCCUGUUAAGUUUUUUUUACACGUUCCAAAGUGUUUAUUUGAAUGAAUGUUUCUGGUAUUUGAAGAGGUUUUCUCAAAGGUAGUUUUCCUCAGUGAGUUCGCUUGGUAAUCAGUUAAAAUGUCGGCCAACGCUCAAACCAACGGCAAGAAGAGCUCAAACAGUUCAACCGUGAACACCCCAGCCAGCACUCCGGUGACAAAUGGCAAUUCGCAAACCAUCUCCCAGAGCACCCCUCCGCCUCCGAACAACAACGCCCCCAAAUACGGCACCCUUGUCCCUAACCGAAUCUUUGUCGGCGGCAUCUCCGCCAACACCACCGAAGGCGAACUUUUGCAACUAUUUAGCAGUUACGGCACUGUAAAAGCGGCCAAAAUCAUCCAAGAUAGAGCCGGCGUCUCCAAAGGUUACGGUUUCAUAACAUUCGAAAGCGAAGACGAUGCUAAACGUCCCCUGAAAGACGCCGAUAAUAUCGUCCUCAAGGAAAGAAAGUUAAACAUUGCCCCAGCCAUCAAGAAACAACCGUUCAACAGGGCCUUUGACGCUGCCAGUCCGUCAACUGUCGCACCAGGGAACACGGCACAGUACUUUUUCCCACCCAGUGCCGGGGUGCCCUAUUUUCAAGGGGGCGUCACUUAUUAUCAACAGCCGCCGACAGCCCCGGGGGAUCCCAACUCGCAGACCACCGUCUAUCAGGCUCCUCCCGUAUAUCCGGCUCAAACCGGACAACCGCAAGCCCCAACUUACCCACCGAUGAUGUUCCCUCCUCACAUUUACAUGCCACAGCAGUACGCCAUGCCACCGAUGCCGUACGAGUACAACUACUACCCUAACAACGGAGGAGCCCAAUAUUUGGUCGGCGGUCAGAAUGGCGGUCCCGGAAACGGAUCAGGCGGAAACUCUCAGGGCGGUCCUCCAAUGCCGCCAUCGAACAGCCCCCCACGACCGCCUUGUUACAACGCCCAAUUACCACCCUAUACACCGGACCCAGUAUACUACAACAUGCCAGUAUACGGGGGUCCGGUCGAGGGCACAGCCGUCUAUCCCGAAGGUUUGGACAUGUCCAACGGCGUUUAUCCUGAGGUUAGUCAGAUAUUAGGCGAGUUUUUGCACGGAUUUGACGGCACGGAUGUGCAGGGCCCCUACCCUGUGGCCGACUCCACCCAAGACAUAAACGACACCGCCUCUGUCACACCUAUCGUCGACCACGCCCCAUUAUACGAACAUGAAACGAACGACGCCGAUAACAGCCGACAAAGUAAAACGCCGGUCGUGUCGCUGCUGUCGAUGGAACAACAUCAAGAGAAAGAUUUCGUUUCGAUGCAAGGCGGACGACGCGUUAAACCUCAACCACUCCCACCACCACCACAACAACAACAACAACCAAUUGUAAUACCGCACUUUGCUCAGAAUCAAGCCCCGCCACCUAUGUAUUACAAUUUCAACGGACCGCCCGUACGAUCUCAAAUCCCGUCUUACAACAACAAUAAUAAUAAAACGGCGAACGGUUAUCGUAAACCGCGCACUUUUAACUCCGCCUCCAAUACCGCCGCGACGCGAAAAUACGAUUUGAAUCGAACCAAUGAUAAUUCGUCGAGGUCGAGUCUUCGGACCGAUUCGAAUUCGUCGGCGAAUGCCGUCGUUGAUGAAAAUAAAAACGAGGAGAAACAAUCAACGAAUAGUUUUCACAUGUAUAACCCAUGUUCGAGGACGUAUCAGAAUUCGCUAGGACGACGUAUGAACAACAAGAAGGAUAUGUUGGACAACAACAACAAACCUAAAAGUAAUUUUGUUGUUCAAUCACAGCAACAACAGCUGAGGAAUAACGGCCAGCAGAGUUAUGUGAUGACGACAGCGGCAGCUGCGACGGCGUCUGCAGCGUCGGUGGUGAGGAGGAAUAAAAGAUCGACGCGUCGGAACGUCGGUCAAUCGGGAGGAUCGCUGAGCGAGAUCGGCGCCGGUGACGCCCCACUAGCCAACAACGAUGUUACAGAUACCUGUAAAAAAAUGGAAACACUGAAAAUGUGAUUAAAACGAGGUUUGUUGUUGACACUUAAGAAAGGGAUAAUUUAUUUAUUAAAAAAAAUGUUUGCUUGUAUAUAAAAAACACAAAAAAAUAAUAAUAAAAAUGCAAUAUUAUUUAAAUAAUCGACAAUAUUGUUAUUAAUACAAAAGUGAGAUGAAGCCCGUUUAGCAUUGGACUUUAUUAUUAUUCCUAGAUUAGGUUCUUUUGUAGAUAAAAGAAGAGAGAAAAAACUAAGUCCUACACAUAUUUUUAACAAGUAAUUGUUAUUUAAUGUCUAAGGAUGUGUAUAAAUUAGUUUAGUUUUGAUUAUUUUCUAAACUCGAUGACUUAUUCGCAACAAUCGUAUAUUUAGUCGAGGGGAAAAUGUGUCCUAUUUUGAAUUCAGAAGGUGUUGUUUGGUCGUCGGGACUGAACAAGUUUAUGCCUUAUUUCCUCUCAACUAUACGUUCUAUAGGUUAGUUUUUGAUAUUGUUUUUUCCCCCUUCGAAAACAGUCUUUACAAUUGACUUUAAAAUCAAAGUGAGAUUUUUGCUCAAAAAGGCUGCCAUCGGUUUUUAGUCCAAAUCGAGUGAAUCUAUCGGCUCUCUAAAAACAUAUUUGCGUUGUAUUUCUUUCCCUUGAUAUUCUGUUUUGUUGUUUGUUAGUCUCGGAAUAUUUCAAUUUUAGGCUGUGACGUUAAAUUGUUAAAUUUGUAGUUAUUUCAUCGAAAUUCAAAAUUUUUUACGGGACAGAUUGUUAAAAAUCAAAAACUUACACAAAAUGUUUCAAAAGAGCCUAAAAUUUGUUAUAACUAAAUGAUUUUUUUCCAAAGAAAGUAUUUUAAGAUUAGUCGUAAGGAUUGUAGCAAUGUAAGAUAGUAAUUUAUUAAGUAGUGUAGAUAUUUAGGUGUCAUAGUUCAUAAAAAAUCGAGAAUUUUUUGGCCAAAACUAAUUACACUAUUUAGUUGAUUAAGAUUGUCGUCAUAAAUUGUUUGUGUUUACCGUUUUGGGUAAGCAAACCAAGUCGUCUUAUUCAAAGUAUAUUAACAAAGUACCUGUCUUAAAUCUAUGCUAAAAAGAAACAAACAAAACAUUUGUAAAUACCUACUAUUUAGUUGAUAUACUUGUUGAUGUUUGGAAAUUUUAUCGAUAAAAGCGUUUUCGUUGCAUUAUUGGCCAACGUAGCUUUUAAUUUUAAAAAAUAGGUUUAGGGAAGAUCACCCAUUGCCCCCCUCACAAAAACAAGAGCAAUAUGUAAACUCUGUCAAUUUUAGUUUGUAUAUAAUAAUCAAAAAACAAGUAAAAAGAAAUGCUCUAAAAACGGUUGUGCAUAAAAAUUGUAGUCGUAAAGUAUUUAGCUGUAGUUUAAAUACACGAUUGAUCGGCGGCUUUCAAUACGCCGAAUACAACAAAAAUACAAACUGAAAUGUGAGCUAUGAUAAGCCAAAUUUUUGUGAUAGCGGCGAAAAAUGUGUUUUUAAAAUUCAAAUUUUCCCAAUGGAAAAUUCAAAUUUUAAAACACAAAUUUCCGACUUAAAAUGUGUGUUCAACAACUUGAAAUCUUGUAGGCAUUAAUUAGACUUGCUUCGGGAGGCUUGCGGCCUCGUUUCAAUAGUUAUAUUAAACAAAACAAAAACGGAAAAAAUUCAAAUAUAGCAUUAUGAAACUAUAAAUGUAAAAUAAAACGCAAUAUUUUAGAAACUAUAUAACUUAAGAAAACAGUGAGAAAUAUUUAUUAAUUACAAUAACAUUAUAAUUAAUUAACUAUUACAUAAGUAUGUACAAAGUAUCUCAGAUAAUAAAUUUAAAUUUAAGAAGA